CUUCCUUCCCUCUUCCUACCGUUUGGUGUUUCGGCUUCGGUUCUCGUGCUCAUUCUUUUGUUCCUUUGCCUCUUUGCCUUGCAGUGUAGUUGCUUGUGCGCGAGACGCAAGACGUUGAACGUCCCUUUUCACAAUCUUCACCCUCGACAAGUCAAUCUUGGUCAAAGCUUUCAGCAACUCUCUGUGAGAGCCAUCAAGCACUCGGCUGAAGGAACCGGGUCAUUUGCCAAUUCAUUCAAUACGUCGCUCUUUGCUUCUUAGACCGUUACAACCACAAUGGUGUCCAAGGGAUUAAUGGCCUUUUGGAGUUUCGUGGACUUUCUCCUGCUGGCGGCUGGAGGAAUUUCCAUCGCUCUCUCUAUCAUCUGGCGCAAGCCCGAUAUCCUCAUGAACAUGGCCAUUUCGUCGGAGUUCUUGACUACCGGAAUGGUUUUGGGCAUUGUCCUCUGCGUGACGUUCCUGGUUUCUGUCGCAGCGGUUGUGCAAAGGAGCCAUGUAACGAUUGGCUUCGUCAUUCUCAACUACGUUCUCGUCGCGGACUCGCUCUUCGUGUUGGUUGCGGGAACCAUGGUCUGGUUCUUCUCCCUCCGACAGCGGGCCGAAUUCCAAGUCCGAUGGACGGCGCUACCGACCGCUGAUAAAGUCACUUUGCAAGACCAGUUCCAAUGCUGCGGUUAUUUCACCGCCGCUGACGCUGCUAUCCAAGCCGGGUCGUUCUGCACCUCCCAAGAUUUUGCUAAUGGCUUGAGCAACGCUACUGCGAAUUUCUGCGUUUCACAUAUCACGGCCUUCACGGACUACACGCUGGAGAACACUUUCACUACGAUCUACGGGUUUAUGGCUGUUGUCCUCACUCUUUUGGUGACGUCGCUUUGUGUGAUCAAGAAGAGACAAGAAGAAGAACGAUUCAAACGCAUCGAUGCUAAACGUGGAGGACGCGGUUUCGUCUAAUAUGGCCGAACUUACCCUAUUUCCCUCUCAUCCUUUCCGCUCGUUGUUACAUCGUUCUCAGUAAUUGCCGGCGUUCCUGAGCUCGUACAUACGGCUCUCAAGGACCCGUACACUGUUUCUUUCCGAUCUUUGGCAUGUUGAUUAGCUUUUUCCCUCGUUUUCCGUACCGAAUACCAAGUGUUGUCGAAGGGUUUACUGGCGGGUCAGCAGCACAUCGAAUCAUUUGAAUGUACUGCCCACUCUCGCUAUGUAUGUAAUUUACCAUUGUACACUGGAUUCCCUUCCGCAUGCGUGAAUGGCCGGCUCGGACUGAAGUGGUCAAGAAGCUAAGCGACUGAGCGAAUGUCGAUGGACGUAAUCGUGAUUGGUCACUGGCUUGCUGCGCAAUGGCUUCCUCUCUCGGCUGUUGUUUAGUCGAAUUACGGCAUAACUCGAGGAAAUCGGAGCGACGUCCUAAUAGAAAUUCUCAGGGCAGAUCGAAAUUGGAUCUCUCUCAAAGAAGCGGACAUGAUUUCAAUCAGCUGCGGGGAACUCUCCCAAUUCCCGAAAAGAAUUCAGAAUCAGAAUUCAGGGAAUGCACUAUCAAGACGAUGCGUCGGACUCCUGGCCUAUAUCUUUUCACAUUCACGAGGCAAGGCCGAUAGUAUGGAGGCCGGGAACUAUAUGCUGAUAAACGGAGGACGUAUCACUGAUACGCGAUAGUUUGCCGACAUAGGAUCAAUUUCAU